AUGAUAAUAGAAUCAAACCCCUUUUUGGAUUCAGAUAUUACGGUCAAUUUUGAAGCAGACAACUUGUAUUUGGACUAAACAUUCAUCAUUAACGAGAACCCCAUGCCCAUGCUUCCUAGAGCAAUUAGAGAAGCACGUGCAAUUUGUUGGAUUUUAUGUAUUUAUUAUCUAAUCAAACUCUUUGUUACCCUAUCCUAUUAUCAAGAAAUAGCAGAACCUACUUUCAAUAUACUUAUUUUAGUUAUGGGCUUGCACGAUGUGAUUAACAUUCUUCACUAUUUAAUAAUAGGGUAUGUACAUCUCUAUGAUACUAGAAUUUUGACCUAAUAUAUUAGUACUAUUGACGUAGAGAACUUCAAUAGGUAAUUCAGUUUGCUCUCUCUUAAUUCUUCUAUAACCUAAAUGAUCAUUCAAGAAUUUGUAAGUUAUUAUCGUCUCAUGAAUGGACUUCUCGUUAUAGAUAUCAUUGAAAAAAAGUCCUUCUAUUUUAAUUGUAUUACCAUUAAAUUAUUGCACUACUUCAUAUCCGUCUAUACUUUAAUCACUAUUCUAUUCAUUUCCACCUAAAUCCCAAUACUUAUUCAACUAUAUAUUGUACUAUUAGUUACUUAUUGGUUUAUUCCUGUUCUUAUUUGCUUUGUUUGGCCAUUUUUGAUGCUCUGGUUUAUUGUACUGAGACAAGAAUUAAAUUAUUAAUAAAAUAGGAACAUGAUAAUUAGUUUUUAUGAUUAAUUACAAAAUAUUAAAUUUAGAAUUCUAAAGGAAAAGCAUCCAUCUAUGUAAUAAAAUGAUUGGUAAUAUAUAAAUAAAAGUUUAGCCCCAUUUGUUACUAGCAAAUUAAUGAAUCCCAUAGCGUUAUUCAAUUGCCUUGCCAUCAAGAACACUACUUUCAUGCAGAAUGUUGUAGAUAAUGGUUAGGAAGAGAUCCACGUUGUCCAUUAUGUAGAUAUGGAUUAGAGAAACAGAAAGAGGCGGUACCAUUUGAAUUCAUUUGA